AAAGACGCUGUCGAACGAUAAGAAUCGAUAAGGGAGUAGAUUUUUAUCGACGGAAGUUGGUUGUAUAUCUGAAAUUAGGACAUGGAGCUCUAUCUACUACACAACUACUGCUACCACACUAUUCACUCAUCAUCAUCAUCAUCAUCAUCAUCAUCAUUUCCCAAAAUCAUUAGAGCUCCAUCUCCAGCCCCGUCAUCGUCAAUCUUGUUUUUCCGUACAAAUCUAAGAUAUAUGCGGCGGCGGCGGCGGCGGAGGAUUGCCGGUGGCGGCGGUGGCGUCAGAAUGUGUGCGGGAGCGGCUUCGAGGCUGGAACAGCCGGGAGGGAAGAUGGUGGUGGAGCUGGUUGGGGCAUUCAAUGAGCUGACGGAGAGAAUGAACACAAAGGCACUCUCGACGAGCUCUUCUCACGUACUCUUCAAGUCUCUCAAGCUAUCAAUCCCCAUCCUCCAAACACUCCCUCUCCUUCCCCAUGCCCGCUCUCCUCUCUCCAGGGCUUUAUCUGUCGCUCUCCUCCUCGCUGAUCUUCAGAUGGACGCAGAAGUUAUUUCAGCUGGUAUACUGAGAGAAGUUGUGGAAGCAGGUGGUAUAUCCAUACAUGAAGUGAGAAAUCGGAUAGGUACUGGUACCGCUCAUCUAUUACAUGAAAGUUUCCGCGUUAACAACAUUCCGUCAAAAGUUGAUGUCUUGGAUGACCGUAGUGCUACCGCUUUAAGGAAGUUCUGCUUGACUUACUACGAUGUCAGGGCUGUCAUUCUAGACCUUGCUCUCAAGCUCGACACCAUGAGACAUCUUGAUUACCUCCCAAGGUAUAAACAGCAACUGUUUUCACUUGAGGUUAUCAAGAUACAUGCUCCCCUAGCUCAUGCUGUUGGGACCAACUUUUUGUCAACUCAGCUGGAAGACCUCUCUUUCCAAUACUUGUUCCCUUAUUCAUACCUUUAUGUUGAUACAUGGUUACGAAGCCAUGAAACCGGAAGCAAACCCCUAAUUGAUAUAUACAAGGACCGUCUGCUUCAAUCCUUAAAAUCUGACUUCUUCUUGGCAGACAUGGUAGAUGAUAUCUCAGUCAAAGGUCGCUACAAAAGUCGUUAUAGCACUAUGAAGAAACUGUUGAAAGAUGGCCGCAAGCCUGAAGAAGUGAAUGAUAUAUUAGGAUUGAGAGUAAUACUAAAGCCAACUUCUGGGGAAAAUAUGUCUCAAGUAGGCGAGAAAGCAUGCUACAGGGCACGUGAAAUUAUUCGAUCUCUAUGGAAAGAGAUGCCUAAUAGGUCAAAAGACUAUAUUGCCCAGCCCAAAGCAAAUGGGUACAAGAGUUUGCACGUGGCAGUUGAUGUUGGUGACAAUGGCAGGACUAGACCACCAAUGGAAAUACAAAUACGGACAAUAGAGAUGGAUAUGUUGGCUGCUGGUGGAAUGGCAUCUCAUUCAUUGUACAAGGGUGGCCUUACUGAUCCAGAAGAGGCAAAGCGGCUCAAGGCAAUUAUGAUGGCUGCAGCUGAACUUGCAGCCGUGCGUCUUAGAGAUCUUCCUUCCUCAAUUCAUAAAGGUAUUGAGACUGAUCACAGAGAUCGAGUAUUCCGUCUUCUUGACAAGAAUGGAGAUGGUAAGAUCAGCAUCGAAGAACUUAUGGAAGUGAUGGAAGAGCUUGGUGCUCAAGGCGAAGAUGCCCGGGAGAUGAUGCUGCUUCUUGAUUCAAACAGUGAUGGUUCUUUGAGCUCAGAUGAAUUUGAUAUGUUUCAAAAGCAGGAAAUGCGAGCUUUUGUGAUAUGGCUAAAGUAAAAGGGGGAAGUGUUGUGUCCUGUCGCAGCGCGCAACAAUCACUAGCAGGUUCUUCUGGCAUUUCCCAGUCAAAAGAGGGUAAAUCCAAGAAAAAUCUUUUUAAGGACAAGAAGGACGCGGAUCCUCCAAUCGUCCCUCCAGCGGAAUAUUGGUGUAAGGCACCUUUCUUUGGUGCCAUGGAUUUGUUUUGGGCGAGGGUGGAUUUAUUUGAUGACAAUGGCAGGGACUCGACUGAUUCGACUGAUUUCCUUCUUGGUGGGGUUGAGCUAGAGAAAGGGGUUGAAGCUUUUGUUCCUCCACAGUCUAUCGUACGUUUUCAUGUGGAGAGGGGCACUUAUCCGUACUCUUUUCCAGCUUUUGAGGAUUAUACAGGGCCUAAAGAUGACUUUGAUGUCUGGAGCGCAGCUAUCUUUCGUUAUCUCUCAUAUUGUGAGGUGCUUGCUGGAGCUAAGAUUGCUACUGCUAUUUCUCAGUGUAUGCGAAUUAGACGGGAGUCAUCUUGGUUGGAGUUCGCAUUGUCACGUUGGAGUUCAAGUUCUCAUACUUUUAUUGCACAGUGGGGCGAGACGACCCCUACUCUAGAGGAUGUAGUUGUUUUGACGGGGUUAGAGCAUCUUGGAUUGGCGAACCCUAGCAUAGGAAGUUUGUCCCUUAGCCAGAUGGCUAUUGUUGGGAGAUUGGAGGAGGUCGUGGCACCGGCAGGGAAGUUAUUAAGUCGUUAUCAAAAUAAAGUGUUAGUAACAUCUCGAUCACGAAAACGCCCAAAAAACACUUUCGGGGGAUGGCUUCGGUACUGGUUUCGAGAUCUUAGCCAUCAGGUGCAAGGAAAUGCGGAGGAUGGAUUCAUAGGUCCAGGGAUGGAAGGGGACAAGUGGGGGAGUAUUGAGCAUUUAGCUGCUUUCAUUACAUAUUGGUUGUCACGGUAUGUCUUGAUGGGUAGACCCCAAGACGGUAUUUGCCAUGAGCUCUUUCCUCUUGCUGCCAUUCUUGCUUCCAGCCGUUCGAUUUCGUUGGCUCCUUUAUUUCUGGGGGGGCUGUAUAGGAGGUUAGAUAUGUAUCAGGAGGGUGUUGAUCGUUCCAAAGGACGAUACGAUGUUACCAGCUUCCUUCCUACUACCUUUCUGCAGUUGUUUUUGUAUGAGAGAUUUCCUAGCUUGGCCCCUAUGCCAAAGGUGUUUUCCAUUGAAAAAAGUGAGCCGCGUUCUGCUAGGUGGGCUGAGGGAUGUGUACAGGGGAGUUUGGCCAGCAUUUUUGAUUUUGAGGACAAGUUUGUUGCUCGUCCUUAUGUUAUGCCAGUUUGUGGAGU